ACUUCUGCUCUCCUGCAUUUAAAACACAGCUGAAGUGUUUCCUGACUGAAGUAGGGUGAGAUCAGAGCUCCUGUGAUCAUGUGCUCCAGCCUCAGCAUGAAAACUCUACUUUGGUUCUAUCUCCUUGUGUGCUGUGUAGCUGCACAGAGUUUCACAGAGAAGUCGGUAGAUUUGGGACAGAAUGUGACUCUCAAGUGUGAAGUGGCUGUAAGUCAUGUGUACUGGUACCUGAUAAAGCCGUCAGAACCUCCUCUGUUUGUAUUACGCUCUUUCUCAAGGAAGAUGCAGACUCCAGAAUACAGUAACAGGACCCUCAGCAAGUCUUUCUCACUGAAACUCAACGGCACUUUAUAUAUACACAGGAUCAGUACUAAUGAAUUAGGUGUGUAUUAUUGUUUAAAUACAGCUUUACCUGCCAAGAUGAGCAGAGGAAUCAGACUUUACAUCCAGAACAACUCAGCUGAGUAUCAGAAUAAAAGUGACCGGCAAUUCUCGAUUCUCGUCGUAUUAGUAAUUCUGACUUGUGCUCUGGCUGUUGUAGCUACAGUUUUUACAGUUUUUUACUGCAGAAGACUUCCAAAACCUCAAGCACAAUCUCCAGUCCCUGGUGUACAGCUGCAUCAGGACGUUCCCAAUGUUGUGUACUCUGAGGUGCAGCACAAGGUGAUGAACAGACCCGUCAGGACAAGUGACCACAACACCACAUACGCUCGUAUAAGGCCCUCAAACCCGUGACCUGGAAUGACCCCACACAGCUCUUUUGCGACUUUGUGAUUCGCAAAUGAGUCGCAAAUGAGUCGUGUGUUUAUUUAGAUGAAUUGAUAAAUUUUUGGGGGGAUUUCUACAUGCUUCUUUGUUCAGUUCAUACAGAGGUCAAUUUGAAAGAUUCAUAUUACUGAAGUCCCUAGUGCAAAAAAAAAAAAAAAAAAACAUCAUUUAUUACAAAUACAGUAUAUUAACAUCUUCUAUAGUACACUGCAAAUAUCCUAACAAUUUUUAUUCGAACAUAUAUCGAAAGUAUAUGGACAUCACGCUUUUACCAAUCUUUGGAAUUAAACUUUAAACAUACUUCAUAAUUACAACUAAAUAACAAUUACAUAAUAAUUGCAUUAUAGUACACUUUCCAGAAAUAUAUUACAUAUAUUGAAAAUAAUCAUUCUAUCAAUAUACAGAAACCAUACAUUAGAAUAUGAUUCUAACAUAUUGUAAUCUUUUUAUAUUUCUUGUUAAAUUUUAAUGUGCUUAUUAAUAUUUGCUUACAUUUAGUGCACUACUCUCUUUCUGGUGCAUGCUCGUUUUUGAGCCCUGGAACUCACUUUUGCACUUUCAAGAUCAUUAAUGUGUGUUUGAUCUCUUGUGCGCGCUCAACAACAUAAAAAUACACUUGCUCGAACUGCAGCAGCGUUAGAACUCUGCCACAAUUCCAGCCAAUUAGAGAUUAGAGCAGGGUCAAUACCAGCCAAUCAGAAACUGGAGGCGGGACAUUUGCACAACCUGUUUCCAAUUCGCUUAGCAGUCUUCCACUUUUAAUUUGAAUGUAAUUGUUUUAUGGUUGCAUGCAUUAGUUAAUAUUGUUAUUAUCUUGUUUUCAUUGACGUAAGAUAAAUUUCAUGAUCUUUGUUAGGUACCUGUACUUGGAAAUUAAGUACAUCGUUUAAACUAUAGAAUGUUUUCUCUAAUGUGUUAGUGCUGAAUCUUUAUGUACGUCAGUUCUGAUAGGUACAUCACGCUCUGUAGCUUUUAGCAUGUUUUUAGAGUCCCUGCAUAACAGCUAGAAUCAACAUACCAGGUUUGAACUAAUACAGUAGAUUUUAUAUUGUUAUUUUUGUGACUUUGUGCAAAUUAAAUCUGUUGAACUCAUGA